AUGGGGCUGUCUCUUUUCUUUCUCUUGUUCAUCUCAGUAAAGGCAGUGGUGGUUUCGCUGCCAUCAAAUACGACUGACAUCCACAUCCAAUCCAGUGGAUUUCGUAUCGAGGGAACCACUCUGACUGGCCAGAAGCUUGUCCCCUUGACCCCAUUGCUGAUUGAAUCGACCACGGCCCGACUCAAGACAUUUAAUUUUUCUGGCACUCUCACUCAAGUCAUCCCAAGCAAUUCCCUCAACUUACAGAGGUCACAAAUCGCCUGUAUAUCUUGCGACCAGGACGACUAUACCGGAAAUAUCCGAGUUGACAAGACAAUUGAAUACGUCACCUCUGCCCAAUCUGCUGCUGGCAUUCUGCUAUACAGCAAAACAGCUACCGGCUGCAAUUUUACUUCCGAUGGUCAGACCGCUGCACGCUUUCCCAAUAUCUUCACAUUCACAAACCAAACCGGCUAUUCUGCACUACUCCGUGCUUUCGAUCAACCAACAACUAUCAGCAUCGUUUCAAUGUCUAACUACAUCGGAGGUGUUCCUACCGACGGGGAUGCCGGUAGCACGGGUAACAGUCCAAACACUGCCAUGAUCAUUCUGUACAGUAUCACAGGCAUCAUUACAGCCUUGUUCCUAGGAAUCAUCAUCACAGGUGCAGUCCGCGCUCAUCGCCAUCCAGAGCGAUAUGGCCCGCGCCGGAUUGCCGGACGAGUCCGACAAAGCCGAGCCCGAGGUAUAGCUCGAGCCAUGUUAGAUACCAUACCGGUCGUCAAGUUUGAUGAAAAAAACGAUGACGUGGAGGCCGCUAAAAGAGACAUCGAGAUGUCCAUGGGUGAUGAUGCUGCUCGCGACCCCUCCCAGGCCGAUGAAAGCACCACUGGGGUGUCGACCCCCCGCGAGUCCGAAAUGCCAACCCCAGAUAACGAGCGCCCCACUCCCACAGCCCCUGAAGCCAAGACCGAGAUGCCCGAUGCAGGUAACUUUUCGUGUCCGAUUUGUACAGAUGACUUCAUCAAGGGCCAAGACCUACGUGUACUGCCCUGUAACCACCAAUUCCACAUGGAAUGCAUUGAUCCAUGGUUGAUGAAUGUGUCUGGCACCUGUCCCCUUUGCCGCAUCGACCUCAACCCACCCCAACCCGAAAACCUAGAGCAAACUGAAGAAAAUACCGACCAACCCGACCAACCACACCCAGAAGGCGCAGUCCUAACAACGGAGGACGCCCGCCAGCAAGCCCGUCAGCAAGCCCGCCACACGCAUCGCCGUCUGACCAACUACCUGCACGGGCCCCUCAACGCCCGACGGAUGCGCGACGCUACCGUCGAGGAGCGUCUCGCUGCGCUGCGACGCGUCCGUGAAGCAAACCAGGUCGACUCCGCCCCUGAAGAAGGACCACACCGCGGUUUAACCACCCGACUACGCGAUCGUUUCCGCAUCCGAACGCGCGCUCACGGUGCCGAGGGUGAGACAUCUGACACCGAUGCUGCGCCUUCUCCGGCAGCUCCGGCGGCCGUCCACCUUCCGCCGUCUACUGCAUGA